UAUCUAGAGACUUGUUCUAAUCGAUAUUGAUCUAACGAGCGAGACAGCCAUUAGUCAUGGAAAGGAGACUGGUGUCAGCUGUAAGGAACAACGAUGUUGAUGAGAUUCAAAGACUCAUGGAGUUAGGGACAUCACCUGAUGCGUUGGAUGCCUCUAGACUUCCUGUACUCGUUGCAGCUUGUGAAGAAGGCUUCACGUCUGUAGUUUGUACCUUAUUAAGGAACGGAUCAAAUGUGAACAAGCGUGCUAGAUAUGGCGACACUGCUUUAAUGAGAGCAGCAGAUCGUGGUGAUGAUUCAAUAACUCUUAUGUUAUUAUCAGCUAAUGCUGAUGUUAAUCUGAAAAAUAUGGAUGGAUGGACAGCUUUGCAUUGCGCUAGUUACAACAAUCACUCCAAAGUUGUUAGUAUUCUGUUGGAGAAUGGAUGCAAUAUUAAUGCGGAAGACUUUAGGCUGGCGGAUGGCACCAGUGACUACAAAAACGCUCCGAGAGAAUCAAGGCGACCACUACCUGAGAAGAUCGUCUGCUCAAACGACUUGCCAUUCAAGACCGCCGAUCAUCAUCGAGGUCUCUCUCAUUGCAGUUGUCCAAAGAAGCUGGUCGCCACGUGUCAGGAAGGACAGUUGGUCGACGCCUGA